UUACAAGGCUUCCAUUGUAGGACUUCUCUGAACCCACUUCAUUUAAACCUCCCUAUCUCUAUCCCCAUUUCAUCUCCAGUUUCUAAUGUAAAGCGCAAACCUUGCCCACCCAAAUACAACAAUGCCUGUUCCGGAAGUUGACAAGAAAAUGCUUGAGGAGCUUGAAGCAAUGGGAUUUCCAAGACCUCGAGCAACACGAGCACUUCAUUAUUCUGGCAAUGCUAGUUUAGCGGCUGCAAUAGAUUGGAUCGUUGAUCACGAGAACGAUGCCGACAUUGAUGAGAUGCCCUUGGUAACAGUGGACAUUAGCAUUGGAUCUCCAGAACCAUUCUAUUUCACAGAAGCGAUGAAAAUAAAAGCACAGGAGUUAAGGGAUCGAGCACGCAAGAAGAAGGAAGAAGAAGAAAAGAAGUUGGAACGAGAAAGGGAGAAGGAGAGGAUUCAAUCUGGUAAGCAACUCAUAGAAGCAAAACGAAGUUUACAAGAAAAUGAAAGAAAACGUAAUAUAGAGUGUCAGAAAGCUGAGAAAGAGGAAGAGAAACGAGCAAGAGAAAGAAUUCGCUGGAAACUAAAACAGGAUAAGUUAGAAAGAAGGGUCAAUCUUGGAUUGCCACCAGAACAGCAUGUAGCUGAGGAACGUACACCUGCGGUGAGGAUAGAACAGAAUCCAUUUCCAGUCCGUUCUGUUGCAAAAUCAGAACGUAUGAGAGAAUGUUUACGGUCCUUGAGGCGCAACCACAAGGAUGACGAUGCUAGAGUGCGACAAGCCUUCCAGACCCUGCUGAUUUAUGUUGGAAAUGUUGCAAGGAAUCCUAAUGAAGAAAAAUUCAGGAAGAUCAGACUCAGUAAUCCAUUAUUCUUGGAUAGAGUUGGGAGUUUGAUUGGAGGACUUGAAUUCCUUGAGCUCUGUGGGUUUGAGACAACUGAAGGGGGAGAGUUUUUGUAUCUUCCUCACAAUAAGGUUGACAUGGCAACAUUAAACUCAGCUGCUUCUGAGCUGAAGUCUGCAUUGACAAACCCGUUCUUUGGCCUUCUGUAGGGGGCAAGAGAGACUUGUGAUACAAGGUUCAAUGAAUUGGGUCUUAAACUUGGAAGGAAAAGUGG